AUACUAGCCCUUAAUGUUUUGCACAAGCCUUUCAGAUUGACUUUUAGGUGUCUCGUGAUGGUGCCUGGUGCGCGGUGGGUUCAACCAAGAUAGACUAACGCUCAAAUCAAACGCAGAUAAGAUAUUAUAGAGCUCAUUCCUGGUGCCGUACAUAGGUCUUAUCUCGUUGCGGGUCAUGCUAGGUAAUUGACGCAUCUUAGAUGGGUAGCUUGCUGUGUGCCCCGUACAGCUGUCGCAUUCGUUAUUGCCAGGGAUAUAGUUGCAGGCACCUGAGAUUCAUUUGACGGCUUGUUAUAUGUUUCUUGUGGUCGUGAGAGUUGGUUGUGUUAUCGUUCAUGAAGGGUUGGCCCCUGCUCUCGUCUUUAGGUGGGCCCGUGCACUACACUACUCGGCUGGAUUAUGAUAACAGUUGAUGAGUGAGAUGUGCGCCCGUGCUGAGUAAUGCGGAUGCUAGCUGCCUAGAGUUCGGCAAGUUAACCCUGGAAGUACGCAGGUGCCAGGUUAUAAGACCAGCUUUGAUGCUACCUUGAAGCCAUCUGCUAGAAGAUGCGACACAUUUUGAGAUAUUUCAGUCGAUCCUCAAAGUCAAUCCCCAGGAGGAUGUCUUCUUUGCGUGGUAAUCCUGAUCUGUUCGAGUACACUUCUGGGCGAUUUUUAUUUAACGAAGAGCUCCGCCGCGCCGAACGCCGCAUCCAAUUCGACAUAGAUGCUCUUGCAAGGACGGCCUGCCAUUCUGUCGGCCGCAACCUCAAUGAUGUAGCAUCGAUCACGAAACUCGCCGAGGGGGGCUUCAACCGUGUCUUGCAAAUCACCUUCGACGAUGGAUAUGCAAUCCUUGCAAGACUGCCUUACAAGACGACUGUUCCAAAACAUUACGCAGUGGCCAGUGAAGCUGCCACACUCGCACUUCUGCUUGCUCAUGGGGUCCCCGUCCCUAAAGUCCUUGCGUAUUCUCCAGACCAGACAAAUCCCGUUGGAACCGAAUACAUUCUACUUGAAAGACUCGAAGGAACACCCUUGAGCGACCGGUGGUUCUCCAUGGAUAACAAAACUCGUGUUAAAAUAAUGAGACAGAUUGUUGAUGUGGAGAGACGGUUCAUGAGCAUCCACGUCCCAGCAAGCGGAAGUCUUUAUCACCGCCGUGAUCUUGACAGCUCACAACACGUUAUUCCAGUCUUAGACGACAUUGUCGUUGGCCCAACUGCACAACAUGAAUGGUGGUAUCAGGAAAGAGCCUCUUUAGAGGUUGACCGCGGCCCAUGGAAUGCCUUUUCUGCAUGCUUCGAAGCACCCGCCAAGCGCGAGCUAGAGUUCUGUGAACGAUUUGGCAAACCACGCCUACAUGUCGAAAGAUACCUACGAGAAAUACACCAGUUCCAAAUGCUCUCACCUAUUCCGUACCAACAGCUCCUUACCAACUAUUUGAAGUUAGCGCCUUACCUCGACGUCCCCUCCGACCACCGCAUGUCCCGCCCGACACUUCGCCAUCCAGACUUCUCACCUAAUAACAUUAUAGUAAAUACCUCCAACGACGUGGUAGGGAUAAUUGACUGGCAACAUGCAGUUAUUCUGCCUCUCUGCCUAUGCGCUGGAAUCCCCGAACAUUUUCAAAACUGGGGCGAUCCAAUGUCUGAGACAUUAUCUAAGCCAGAGGUCAAGUUGCCAGAAAAUUUUGAUAGACUCAGCCACGAGGAACAAGAAACUAUUCAAGAGACGAUGCGGAGACGGCUGGUCCACUUUUAUUAUGCUGCGUUGACCAUGAAAUCCCUUCCGGAUCAUUUUGACGCAAUCAGGGCCGAAAACUGUAUGCUUCGAGCCAAGCUUUUUCACCAUGCACUGGCUCCCUGGGAAGGAGACUCUGUCUCGUUGAAGUAUGCCAUGUUGCAAGUUCUCAAAAAUUGGCCUAUGUCGCUGGAUGAAGGAGAAACAGCGAGAUCUGUCGGGUGCCCCGUUCACUUUUCUGAGGAAGAGAUACAGCAAUGUUCCGAGGAUUAUCGGCAAGAACAAGAGAAAUUGAAGGAACUGGGCGAGAUGAGGGAACUAAUAGGGACAGAUGCCCUUGGCUGGGUGUCAGAUGAAGAUGAGCUCAAUCGGUGCAGGGCCAUCAUACAAAGUAUCAAGGAUGGGUUGAUGGAACAUUCAAGCACUGAGAUGGAGAAGAUAGCGGUCCUCCACCAUUUUCCUUUCGAUGAUCACGAGGAAAAUUCGUGAUAAAUUUUACAGUAGUAUUUCACCUCUCGAUUUUAAUGGGACAUGCCGUUUCUACGCGGCCUUAAAAGCACAACUAACUCGAUACCGAUAUUGUCUGCAUAACCAAGUAAAACACCAU